AAAAGCUUGGAUUCUAAUUCUCCUCUGCUACCGUUGGCAAACGGUAACGAGCAGCUUUCCAUUUGAUGUUCUUUCUGUGUGGGGCCCUCUGGAUUGGCGAAGCCCGCGCGAGGUCUCUCUUUUCCUCGCCUCAGGAGCCAAAGCAAAGCCAGGGCCACCUGCCCGGGAGGAAAGAGGCACAUCCCCGCCUUCGGCGCCCAGGGCCGGAGAGCAGGGCUGGUGGCCGGGGCCCAGCCCGCACUGGGAACUGCAGUACCCGGCGCUGUCCUCCAGAGUCCGCUGCGUCCAGCCGAGCUAGCGCACCCCUCUUGCCAGCCGCGGCGCGCACUGACAGUUUGCAAGGACACCCCAAAGGAGGCGCGUCAGCUCUCGGACUUCCUCCGGGCGCCGCCACUGAUUGGCUGCCGGACGUUUUAAGAAACCCAGGGAAGAACGCUGUAACCUUGCAGAAACUUGCUGCUGCUGCUGCUGGGCUCUACCCUCUGCGCCCCGGCUUUUCCCCUCCCCGCCUUUGCCCACCCACCCACCUCCUGUCUCCGCAGCCGCGGCGAUGGGACAGCUGAGUCUGGCAAGGCUGCGGUGCAUCUGCGUGGUGUCCACCGCCCUGGUCGCUCUGCUCGCCUACUACGUGUACAUCCCCCUGCCCGCCAACAUCUCCGAUCCCUGGAAGCUGAUGCUGCUGGAUGCCACCUUCAGGAGCGCGCAGCAGCUGAGUCAUCUGAUCCAGUAUGUGGGCCUCAGCCAUCAUCUCAUCGCCCUGAAUUUCAUCAUCGUUUCUUUCGGCAGGAAAAGUGCUUGGUCCUCUCCGAAUGUUCAGAUCACUGAUACCCAGUUUGGUGGUGUUGAAGUUAGAGUUUUUGAAGGUUUCCCAAAGGCCAAAGAACCACUGAAGAGUGGAGUUAUUUACAUCCAUGGAGGAGGAUGGGCCCUGGCAAGUGCAAGAAUUAGCUAUUACGAUGAACUCUGUUCAACUAUGGCAGAGGAGCUGAAUGCUGUCAUUAUCUCAAUUGAAUACAGGCUGGUCCCACAGGUUCAUUUUCCUGAACAACUCUACGAUCUAGAACGGGCUGCCAAGUACUUCCUGCAGCCUCAGGUCCUGGAGAAGUAUUCUGUCGACCCAGCCAGAAUAGCCAUUUCUGGAGACAGUGCCGGCGGAAAUUUGGCCGCAGCUCUGGGUCAGCAGUUUAGCAAAGACGACACCUUCAGGAAUAAAAUCAAGCUCCAAGCUUUGAUCUACCCAGUCCUCCAAGCUCUUGACUUCAAUACCCCAUCCUACCAGCAGAAUGUGAACUCCCCAAUCCUGCCACGUCACGUCAUGGUCAGAUACUGGAUCGACUAUUUAAGAGGGAGCCAGGAGUUUGUCCAGGCUAUGGUGGUCAACAACCACACUGCCUUGGAUGUGGAGCAGGCAGCCACUCUGCGGGCCCGGCUCAACUGGCUUUCCCUCUUGCCUGCAUCCAUCACCAAGGAUUACAAACCCGUCAUGCAGACAGUGGGCAAUGCUCAGAUUGUCCAAGAGCUCCCCCAGCUCCUGGACGCGCGUUCAGCCCCGCUGAUCGCUGACCAGGAAGUCCUUCAGAACUUGCCAAAGACCUAUAUCUUGACCUGUGAACAUGAUGUCCUCAGGGAUGAUGGCAUCAUGUAUGUCAAGCGCUUGGAGAAUGCUGGUGUGGAGGUGACGCAUGACCACUUUGAGGAUGCCUUCCAUGGCUGCAUGAUUUUCACUUCCUGGCCCACCAAUUUUUCAGUGGGAAUUCGGACUAGGGACAGCUAUAUCAAGUGGCUGAAGCAAAACCUAUGAAGUAUGCAUCCCAGAGAGGGCACGUGAGCCCCUCUUGACCAAUUGCAACCACUAGGGAUUGCUAAGCACUUUCUGACUUCCCCCAGGUGAUCACCAGGCUAUGGUGUUUCUUUCCCGGGAGAGGCCAAGUAAUGAAUUUUGUUGAGCUUGACUAAUCUCUAUCAGUAGAGGAGAUAUGAAUCUGUUUCCCAAACUGGACUAACCAGCCUUCUGUUCCACCCAGAUGGCUGCCAAGGUCCCAAACUACCAAAGGAUUCUGGGAAAGCAUAAUCUUCCUCUGGAAGUGGCUCUUUAUACCAGAAGACCUUUUAUGAAGGAAAACUUGACAGUCCCCUCUAAUGAAUUUUAUGUAAAUCUGGUUCCCUUUUGCAAGUAACUUAUUUAUAAAUCAGUUGAUUACUUAAAGGUCUAAAAUACACUCUUCCAUCCCAUCCCUACUCAUUAAAUGCCUUUGUUCCUCUUUUGCACAGAUGGUCUUUCUGGUAGGGACACAGGCUUCAUUCCUGCCAAGCUUGGAUAAUCCACUAAUCCUUUGGGAUUAUACUCUUUCUUUAAAGUUGACUUUUAACCACAGUUAGUAGAGAAAAAAUUACUAAUGUGUUGGUAUGAUUUACACUGGAUUUUGUACAUAGUUAAGAAUUUUUGUUUUCAUGUGGCAUUAGAGUACAUGCAAUCUCUGUGGGUUGGGGGUGGGGGGUGAAGAGGGAUUUGGGGGUAAAUGUAUUUCAUUUGAGAAUGAACUUUCUAUAGAUAAUAAAUGGAAAAGGCCCAAUCCACUGAAAUAUUAUUUUUAAUAUGUAAGUAUAAAUGACCUACAAGAAGACGUUUACAUGUAUAAUGUGUGAGCAGGUAACAGGGCACAUUUACUACCAGGCUAAAGUUAUGGCAAAAAUCCCUGAGAGCAAUUAAAAUCUAGUUUCAAAACUUCUUAACUCAUCCAUUUAUGAUGUGACUGAGAUUUUUUGAUUGGGAACAUUCUGAUGCUUUAGGCGUUUGGUUGAUUUUUUUGUGAGUUUGCCAUUCUCCAAGGUGAUACACUGUCAUUUCAGUCUGUUCCCUUUCCCUAGCCUCUUCUGGGCCAUGUUCACAGGCCAUUAAUGCGCACAAUGUCAGGAAAUUGACCACAGCAGAUCCAAGUCUCAUGAGAAAUUGUCAUGGUGUUUUUGAUGAAUGCAUACAUGCGAGUUUAAAUAGUUACAGACCAAAGUUUCUGCAUCCACUCAUUGCAGAACUUUCAAAUUUUUGUCACUUAGUGAUUUGGGAUUAUCCUGACUUAGAUGCAUGGGAGAAGAUGAUGGUAAAUUCCCUUCUGGGCACAAAGGGCACAAUCUAUCUUAUUCGUCUUCUCUCCCUGCAAUAUUUUCCUCUGUCCCAGGGAGCACUCCUGAGCACAAAAGAAAACAUUCUGGAAAAGUUUCUUUUAACAGUCCAUCCUGUCCAGUGGAACUGUCUUCCAGGUUACUGUGGCAGCCAUGAGCCUCUGUUAUCUGUGGGCCAUACCCAUAGCCACCUGGGGACUUACCUAAGAAAGCAUAAAGGCACUGCUUACACAUCUGAGGAGCAGAAAUGGUAUUCCCCUAGUGAUAAGGAAUAGAUAUCCUUCCCUUUCUUCACUUGUGACAGCUAGCUCCCUGUCACAGGUCAGGACCACUGCAAAAGUGAUGUGGGAUAGAAGCUUGGGAUAAUAGAUACAGGCAAUAUUAUCCAUUUAUUUUUAUUGCAUUUGAUGAGCCAGAGGCCACAAGCAUUUCUCAUUGGAAAGAAGAGUGACAAUAAAUAAAAGAUACACGCAUAUAUGUAUCUCUUUCAGAUACACAUCUAUCAGACAGAUGUUGAUCUUUGCCCAUUCCUUCACGGUUCCUCCCCAUUCCUGCUCUUCCCAGGGCAUUACUGGACAUAAAUAUAAGCUGUUGCUGUUCCACCAAAGAUUUGCUUUGUAGAAACUUGGAAUUUUAACUUUGGCCCCGUAUAAAAAGCCACCCCUUAUAAAAACUGUUCUUUGUUUUUUAAACUGUGAUUCAAAGACCGAAGUUAGAGUCAUGCUGUGGGUUAUACCCAUUUUUCAUGAUUUUUGCUGCUAAUGUAAGAAAUAUCUUUAAAAGAUAGCACGUUUCUCAAGAGCUUCUGAAAAUCACAUCUUUUAGAAUUGUGAAGAAGACUCCCCUGGGGGAUUGAGUGAUCAGAUUCAGACAGUAGGCCUCCCACAGAAGUUUUCUUAUUUUACUAAGACUAGAUGAUUAAAAAUGUAUGCGUUGCCAAUCUUCUACAGACUAUGGACUUUAACUAGGCUGAGAAAGCUGGGCUUAUUCUAAAUCCGCACACACCCCAACAUACACACAACAACUCUUGCUGGAAUGAAAUUCAUAGGCUUGUAAAAUUAGAAUUGAAAAGACCAUAAAGAUCACCUGGUCUGUUUCACGAAUGAGGAAACUGAAGCACAGAGAUUUUUUUUCAAGUGAUUUGCUUAAAGUUACAUAAUUCUUGGAAUGAUGACAAUUAGUGAUCAUGUACACACUAAAAGCUGUAAGAUCAACUUGAAAACUUGGAGGAAUUUUUAUGAGGAGGGUUCUCCACUGGUCAUUUUUAGACACUAUUUGUUUUUUCUUUUUAAAGAAGUUUUAUUUAGAUUUUUAAAGUUUUGCACAUUGCUUCAAUGCUACAGGCUCUAUUUGUGGGGGUUUUUUUCCUGUUUCAUAAAAACAUGUUUUAUUUUUAAAAAUUAUUUGUUCUUUCCUGUUAUCAGUGUUGUGUGUGUGUGAAGUGUGAAAAAAAACCUUCAGGAAGAUAAGUACUGGAAAAAAAAAGUUAACGAUAAAUUCGCUUUAAUGUUUUAACUUUUGCUUGUGAAGAAUUGAAGAGCAAGCAGCUGAUGCACUUUGCUUGAGGGCUGUGCAUGACCUUUGGCCUUUUGUGUGUGUUUUUUGGUUUGUUUUUUUUUUUAGUUCCUAACCUAGAAAAGGGAAUAAAGAAAAAAG